AUGGCCCCUUCGGUUCUUGCCACCGCUCCUAUCACAAACACAAGCAUCAAGCCAAAGGAGAUUUCGCACACCAGCCACGGCGAUGAACUAAAAAACAAGACCCCGCUUCAGGCGAUGUCUCAUGGAGAUGUUACUCUUGCAGGCAUCCCGAAGCAUCCCGAUUUCGCCUCUCAUCGCCAGUGGCAGCUGGAGCAUAUGGCUGCUGCUUUCCGCCACUGGUACAGGAAAGGCUAUGUCGAGGGCAUGAGCGGACACAUCUCAGUCCGUGACCCGGAAUUCCCCAACGCGUUCUGGACAAACCCUCUGGGUCGCCAUUUUGGGCUGCUCAAGGUCAGCGACAUGAUCCUCGUUGAUCUGGAUGGAGCUGUGAUUGGCGGAAACCGAUCGGUCCCCCCAAACACUGCCGGUUUCCUCAUCCAUGCGUCUGUCCAUCGAGCUAGACCUGACGCCCAUGCUGUAUGCCAUUCCCAUAGUGUUCACGGGAAAGCGUGGUCCGUGUUUGGCCGCCGCUUGGAGAUGUUGACCCAAGACGCGUGCAAGUUCAGAGGAGAAGCCCACAGCGUUUAUGACAGCUACGGCGGCGUUGUCCUGGGCAGCGAAGAGGGCGACCGCAUCGCUGCUGCUCUCGGACCAAAGGGUAAGGGCUGCAUCUUGCGAAACCAUGGCAUACUCACCGUGGGCCAGACUGUGGAUGAAGCUGCGUUCCUAUUCACUUCGAUGGAGAGAAGUUGCCAGGUGCAACUGCUGGCUGAAGCCGCCGCGGCAAGCGGAGUUCAAAAGGUUCUGAUUACAGAGGAGGAGGCGAACUUCAACUUUGAUGUCGAGAGUGAUCCUGAAGUAUGCUACUGCGAGUUUCAGGUUUACUACGACUUGGAAAAUGAGUUGACACACGGAGAUUUCAAGAACUAA